AUGGCAUUGAUCAGCCAAAGGGCCUUCACUUCAGCUACUGCAGUUUGUCCAUGGAAAUACCAAGUGUUUUUGAGUUUCAGGGGUGAAGACACUCGCAGGGGUUUUACAGACUAUUUAUACAAACAGUUGGAUUGGCGAGGAAUUAGAACUUUCAGGGAUGAUCCAGAUCUUGAAAGAGGGACAGAUAUCAAUCCGGAGCUUCUGACCGCGAUUGAACAAUCAAGGUUUGCAAUCAUAGUUCUUUCAACAAACUAUGCUUCAUCAAGUUGGUGUUUGCGUGAACUUACCCAUAUUGUUCAGUCCACGAAAGAGAAGGAGAGAAUUUUCCCCAUCUUUUAUGAUGUGGAUCCCUCUGAUGUACGACAUCAACGGGGGAGUUUUGGGACAGCCCUUGUUAACCAUGAAAAGAAUUGUGGUGAAGAGAGAGAGGAGGUGCUUGAGUGGAGAAAUGCUUUAAAAAAAGUUGCUAAUCUCGCUGGGUGGAAUUCAAAGGAUUAUAGGUAUGAAACAGAGCUUAUCACAGAAAUUGUUGAUGCAGUGUGGGAUAAAGUGCAUCCCACAUUUUCAUUGUUAGAUUCCUCAGAGAUAUUAGUCGGACUUGAUACUAAACUAAAGGAAAUAGAUCUGCAUUUAGAUACAAGCGCAAAUGAUGUGCGCUUUGUGGGGAUAUGGGGGAUGGGCGGAAUGGGUAAGACAACCCUAGCUAGAUUAGUUUAUGAGAGAAUUUCUCAUAGUUUUGAAGGUAGCAGCUUUCUUGCAAAUGUCAGAGAGGUUUAUGCAACACAUGGUCCAGUUCCUUUACAGAAACAGCUUCUUUCCGAUAUUUUGAGGAAAGAAAAUAUACAAGUUUAUAAUGCUCAUAGUGGAUUUACUAUGAUAAAGAGGUGUCUAUGUAAUAAAAAGGUUAUUCUCAUUCUUGAUGAUGUAGAUAAAUCAAACCAACUGGAAAUGUUGAUCAGAGAAAAAGACUGCUUUGGUUUGGGAAGUAGAAUCAUUAUUACAACUAGAGAUGAACGCUUGUUAGUCGAACAUGGGAUUGAGAAGAUAUAUGAGGUCAUGCCAUUAACUGAGGAUGAAGCUUUUUAUCUCUUUAGUAUGAAGGCCUUUAAAAAAGAUGACAUUGAAGAGGAUUAUCGGGAGCUGUCUAAAAAUUUCAUAAACUAUGCAGGAGGUCUUCCAUUAGCUCUUCAAACUUUGGGGUCUUUUUUGUACAAAAGAAGUCGAGAUGAAUGGAUGAGUGCACUAGAUAAACUGAAGCAAGCUCCUGACAGAGAAAUUUUUCAAAUUUUGAAAAUAAGCUAUGAUGGACUAGAGGAAAUGCAGAAGAAAAUUUUUCUUGAUGUUGCAUGUUUCCCUAAGUUUGGUGACAAGGAAAAAGUGAUUGAAAUACUAGACAGUUGUGGUUUUGUUGGCACUCGUAUUGCGAUACAUGUUCUUAUUGAGAAAUCUCUCUUGUCUAUUUCAAACACGAGUCUGUCCAUUCAUGAUUUGAUACAAGAAAUGGCAUGGGAGAUUGUUCGUCAGGAGUCUCCUGACGAGCCAGGUGGUCGCAGUCGCUUGUGGCUUCACAGUGACAUUGUUCAUGUACUCAAGAACAAUACGGGAACGGAAGCCAUUGAAGGCAUAGUCCUAUGCUUGCGUGAAUUUGAAGCAGCACACUUGAAUCCUGAAGCAUUCACUAAGAUGUGUAAACUAAAGUUGCUCAAGAUUAAUAAUUUGCGCCUUUUUUUGGGCCCAAAGUAUCUUCCCAAUUCCUUAAGGAUUCUGGAGUGGAGUUGGUAUCCCUCCAAAUGUCUGCCACCAAGUUUUCAACCUGUUGAUCUUGUUGAACUUCUUCUGCGGCAUAGCAAAAUUGAUCACCUCUGGGAUGGAAUAAUGUACAUGGUGAAGUUGAAAUCUAUUGAUCUUAGUUACUCCGAGAACUUGACAAGGACCCCAGAUUUCACAGGUACUCAGAAUCUUGAGAGGCUGGUUUUUGAAGGUUGUACUAAUCUUGUUAAGAUUCAUCCAUCCAUUGCCUCUCUCAAAAGACUAAGAGUUCUGAAUUUUAAAAACUGUAAAAGCAUUAAGAGUCUCCCAAGCGAAGUAGAACUGGAAUCUCUUGAAACAUUUGAUCUUUCUGGGUGCUCAAAAGUUAAAAAGAGUCCAGAAUUUGUGGGAGAGAUGAAGAAUUUUUCGAAGCUUUCUUUAAGCUUCACUGCUGUUGAGCAAAUGCCUUCAUCAAAUAUACAUCCCAUGGCGAGUUUGAAGGAGCUUGAUAUGAGUGGAAUUUCUAUGAGAGAUCCCCCAUCUUCCCUGGUUCCAGUGAAAAAUAUUGAACCGCCUAGAUCAUGGCAUUCUUUCUACACUUUUGGCUUAUUUCCAAGAAAGAAUCCUGACCCUUUGAGUCUGGUGUUAGCUUCCUUAAAAGAUUUACGCUUUUUGACGUGUCUAAAUCUGAAGUACUGCAAUCUUUGUGAAGGAGCAAUACCUGAAGAUAUUGGCUUAUUGUCCUCUUUAAAAGUACUAAAUCUUGAUGGAAACCUUUUUGUUAGCCUUCCAAGCAUCAGUGGGCUUUCUAAUCUUAGUGAGUUCACAUUGAACAAUUGCAAAAGGCUUCAAAAAUUGCCAAGCCUUCCAUCAAACAGCCGACUAGGUCUUUGGGUAAACACGCAUAAUUGUUCUUCCUUAAAAAUAUUGCAAGAUCCACCAUGGAUGAGCGGUUGCAUUGUUCUUAAUUCUUUCAAUUGCUCCAGUUUGGUUGGCCGUCAAGGUUCCAGUUUCAUAAUAUAUUCCAACAGAAAGAAUUCUUUUUAUGAGGACGUUACAAAUUGUGAUAUUGAGAAAUCAAACAAAGCACAAGGUGCCAUCACUAAGCGAACACGUGAACACUGUAAUGAGGCAGGACCAAGCGGUAUUGGUAGCUUUGGCAAAGAAUCACUCUGCAAAAGAAUGAAAGAAGACUAA